GGCGGCGGUUCUCCGGGGUGGGCCGGCCGCCCUGUCCCCACCUCCCUUUCCUUCCCCUCCUCUUGAGUGAUUCUGGUUGUGCGCUUCCCACUUCCGCCCCCUCUGCCUGCCUUAGGAACUAGCAAAGCCGAACUAGCUGCUGCCGCGGAACAGCCGGCGCUCGCCUGCGUCCUCCUCUUCCCCCCCUGCCCCCGCCGCCCGAGGCCUAGGACCGCCGAGCCCCCAGCCCACGCCGCGGCCGACAUGAGCUUCUUGUUUGGUAGUCGCUCUUCUAAAACUUUUAAACCAAAGAAGAACAUUCCAGAAGGUUCUCACCAGUAUGAGCUUUUAAAGCAUGCAGAAGCUACACUUGGCAGUGGCAACCUGCGGAUGGCUGUCAUGCUUCCUGAGGGGGAAGAUCUCAAUGAGUGGGUUGCAGUGAACACUGUGGAUUUCUUCAAUCAGAUCAACAUGCUUUAUGGAACAAUCACAGAUUUCUGUACAGAGGAAAGUUGUCCAGUGAUGUCAGCUGGUCCAAAAUAUGAAUAUCAUUGGGCAGAUGGAACAAACAUAAAGAAGCCUAUUAAGUGCUCUGCACCAAAGUAUAUUGAUUACCUGAUGACUUGGGUUCAGGACCAGUUGGAUGAUGAGAUGUUAUUUCCAUCAAAAAUUGGUGUCCCAUUCCCAAAGAAUUUCAUGUCUGUGGCAAAAACUAUACUCAAACGCCUCUUUCGGGUUUAUGCUCAUAUUUAUCAUCAGCAUUUUGACCCUGUGAUCCAGCUUCAGGAGGAAGCACAUCUCAAUACAUCUUUCAAGCACUUUAUUUUUUUCGUUCAGGAAUUCAACCUUAUUGAUAGAAGAGAACUUGCACCACUCCAAGAACUGAUUGAAAAACUCACCUCAAAAGACAGAUAAAAGGAUGCAGAGCUGUGCAAAUUGUUCCUCACAUGAAGCUGUGUGGAGUGCAUUUGUAUUUUGUAUUUUAUUUUUAUCUCAGUUGUUUUUGUCUUAGUUUUGGGGGACUUGUUUGGGUUCCUUUUUCUUUAUCCUGAAUAAAUGAAACCAUGUUCUGUUGCUAGAGGAAACCAAGAACCAUUCUCUAUACAUUUGAUGGGGUAAAUUUUGUCUUAGUGGCAUAUAGUAUUUUUUUUAAACUUGGUUUUGAUUACCUAUAAAUUUUUGAUAUAUUGUGUGUUGAAAGAAAAUCCUUAUUGAUUGGACUACUGAUGGAUGGGAGUUCUAUGUUGGGUAAAUUGUGGCCGAUUUUCUAAGUCCCCAAAAGAUGUAUGUUUUUAAGUGCCUUGGCAGGCUCACUCCUGAAGUGUGAAACACAGACAUAGAACUGAGUAGGGCUUGAAACAAUAUUAGGAUUAUUACCCAGGGCACUUACUGAUGCAUGUUUUAGUAUAUCUAUGAUAAAAGCCAUACUACCUAAAGUCAUGAUCUCCAGCUUUUACUACAUUGAAGAAACACAGUUUGUAAAGGUAUGCAUGUAGAACAACAAAACUAGUAUUUCUUAAUUAUUUUUUAUAUUGAUGGUAAUUCUGUUCAACAAAUGCUUAAAAUUCUUCAAGCAGGUCUUUUUCCAUCUCUUGAUAUUUGUGAUAUUGAUACUUUAGGAUGUUAAAGUAUAUUAUCUAUUGCAUUUUGGCUUAUUUCUACAUGUUAACUGUGUUGUUAUGUGUAAAAAUUUGGGUUGUAUAUAGGUCUGCCGUCUUCAGAGGUGAUGCUGAACUGUGAGGUUUCUUAGCAAUUGCCAAAUGAGCCAUAAGUCUGCAGAAUCCCCUUCUACUUCUGAAGAGUUGGGAAAAAUAGUGUUUGUUUUGGGGGGGAGUGGUUAGUUUGUACAGGAGUUAGGGAUGUAAUUAAGUAUGGGGAGUCAUGUUAAAGAAAGUCCUAUCUUAAAAUCUUUGAAUAGAAUGGCAUGAAGAUUUUAAUCAAUUUCUUUUAAACAAAGUCUUAGAAACUUAUUUUAGGAAUUAACUUCCAUGAGAAGUAAAAAUAAAUAAUUAAUUUUAGAUAUAGACAUCAAACAUGCAAUUUAAGGACUGUUUGGGAAAUAGAUCACUUUCUAGCAUUUCCAUUCAGUGAAUGGAGCUGAUGUUUGCCUCUCAUUUUAAAAUGAUGCAGUACCUUCUUUGCUUACCAUAGGCCCAAUGUGAAGCACUCUGACUUCUGAUUUUUCUACUGUGAAAGUAAAUCUUUUUCUUUGCAUUGUUAGUAGCAACAAAAGUAUUAAUUCAGUAGUUACUUUUAAUUUGCUAUGACUUUCUAGUGAAUUAUUCUCAUAAGUAAAAAAUUCAGAAACUUAGCUUUCAAAGUAAAUAUUAAAAUUUUUCACUUAAGUUUUAUGCUUGACAAAUAUCCUUUUCAGGGUUCUAGUUUUAAUUUUGUCAUUUUUGGUAAAGCUGUGUCAUUCAAUUAGAAAUAAUAUAUUCUUCCUUCAGUUAGAAAUAUAUACCUUUUUGUAGAAUAGAAAUCUUACUAUGAAACUGUAUUGACUAGAAACACUUAGUAGAAAAUAAUCUAAAGUGAAAUCCAUUUGUUUUUGCUGUUAACAAGUAGAGCAGUGAUACAAUAUAAUGCCAUUACAAUUAGUGUCACCAGGAGCUGCCUUUUUCCCCAUUUCAUUUCUAGCAGUCAUUCUCCAAGUACCAACAGAAGAAGGAACAGGAGAGCCUGGCGGAGGCAAAUGUAUUUGACAUUCAUUGGUAAUGCUUAUUUAUAAACUGCAGGGGGAACUAGCCGAUUUUCUAAAACAAGUAUUUUAGUAUCCAGAAAGGUAAUGUCAGCCUCUAUGAGUUGAUUCAGAAGUAAAAUUUGGCAUCAAGUGAUUUUGGGUCCUAUUUAUUUAGGAAAAUGAAACACGUGAUUACUCAGUAGUUUUCCAAAAUGCAUUUGACUUCAUAUCAACCUAGUAACAAAGGGGUUGCAAUAGCCAAGUGUAGAGAGAAUAGUAAAAAAUUGUUCUUGCUCUUUAAAGUCUUAUACAGUAGUACACUGUAAAAAUGGAAAAGUUACUGUAAAAUAAUGUUUAGUAGUAGGGUCUACUUUCCCAUCGUAGUAUAGGAGUUUGUUGUCACUGUGCCAGAAUCUCAGGUGCCUGCUUCUGAAUAUUCCUUUUGGAAGUAAGGAGAUAAUGUAUGUGUAUAUAUGGUCACAAAGUAGAGAAGUUCUCCCAGGAAGAGAGUCCUGGCAUUGUACAUGGUGUUACAUGGCUACAAGGAAACACUCACCAAAGCCUGUGAGAAACAACUGAUUUAAUAAUAAGUUGCUUUGAUUCGGUUGGUUCCCAUGAGCAUUAAUGAGAUGCUGUUUGUAAAAUAAGAAUUGAAUCUUGGUUUUGCAGCAGAGUUUGCUUAUAAAUGUCUGUUGGAUUCUCUUCAGGUCUCUUAAUUUAUAAAUAAGCAAGAUAAUGAUUUUCUCCCUUGGCUCUUUAUACAGAGAUACAAAGCAGAAGUUGGUUUUUGCAUCUGCUGAUAAAAGCAUAAAAUAUAAGGUUGUAAGUUAAUAUAUUAUUUUGAUCACAAUGCUUUGGGUAAGUGUAGAUAUGAAGUGAGUUUUAGGAAUUAUUUUAAAUGAUGGAGUAGUGGUGUUGGAGAGAAAUUAGUAACAGAGUGGAAAUCUUUUAGUUAGCAGUAGGUGCCGCCACUGGCUUUUAUUUGAUGACUUGAUUAUUCUGCUGCCCAUAAAAACCAUGGCAUCAGACUGCACUCAGACAUAACCCUGUGUUAGCUAGAGAGGCUCUGGAGGUCAGUUUACCUCAAAUUGAAAGACUCCAGAUUGUAAUCUCUUCUACCUUUGUCAUUCGUGAAUUCUAAAUGGUCAGCAUAAAAUGUAUUAGGUAAAAGAAUAUGUGUUUGUUCAGUGUAUAAUAUAUCACACUGAGUUACUGCCUGGUUUAUCAGUAAUGAUGAUAAAGUACUACAAUCUCUUAUAUUCAGAAAAUGCAGAUUAUGUGGAUAGUUAUAUUUUACAUGUAAUCACGAGGCUCCAUUUGAUGUAUUAGCAUUUUCCUUGCUUAUGGGAAAAUAGCAAAAUGACAGCUUUUAUACCUUUGUCUACACCCUCUCUGAGAGAGGUUUUGAUAACCACUGAAAUGGUAAAAAUUGUGAGAUACAAUUAUUAAGUUAUAGAACUUUCUUUUAAAUAUGUCAUGCCUUAAACAUCCAAAUGAGAGUUGAUCUUCAAAGUGGUUCCUUUGGGAGCACUAUGUAUUCCAGCUAUACUACAAAGGUGUAAUGUUUUUGGAAUGCUUUCAGAGAUGCCUUGAGAAUUGCUUUACUACUAUGCAAGAAAAUCUGUUUCAUCAUUUUAGUUGCACCAGAAAUUUUUGGCAGCUUCAAAUGACCUAUCUCAUUUUCCAAACCAACUCUACUGGUUUUUUUAGAACUAAUCCAUAAGGGAAAUUCAAAAAGAAUAUGCCAUAGGCUCUGAAUUUGCAGAAGAGAACGUUUUGAGCAUUAGUAGCAUCAUUUCAUAAAGGAAUAGUUUCCUGAUGUCACUACUUUGAAGUACACAGUAUUAUCAUUUGGGUGUAUAGGGUUUUUUAAAAAUUUAAUUACCUUACAGUUCAAUAUAACAAAAAAAAUCAGUCUUUCUCAUUUUCUAUAUUUUGUUCCUUUCCUUGAUACCUCUUGAAUCUUUCUUGACUAGGAUAGUUUUGAUUGAAGGGAUAGUAAAAAAAAAGGUGGAUCCAAUAUGUAACAAAGAAGUAGCUUAAGGAAACAACAGCCUUUACCUCCAUCCUUUUUUUUUUUCUUUUUAACAUUUUUCACUCAACUGAACAGUUUGAAUUUAUAGACUGGAGAUCACUGUACAAAGAAAUUGAAAUAAAUUUUAUAUAAUAUGUUGAGUUUUAAGCCUACAUAUCACAGAUAGAAUGUUUAAAAUUGUGUAAUCAUUUCAUACAUCAUUUAUAACUUUAGAAUUUUGAAUGUCUCUUUAAAAGGUAUGGGACCAGUAGUAUAUUUGUAAUUUCAAAAUCUGACUGUAUACGAAGAGGAAAACUUAUUUUGAAAUUUAUCUGCCAUAUUAAAGACUAUACCAAUUCUUAGAAAUGCUAUUCUAGAUCUAUACUUCAAGGACUAAUCCUAAAAUAUCUAAAUAUCACAGUUUGUCAUAAUGUUAAGACUCACCAUAGGAAUUACUGUUGCUUAGCUAUCAGUUUAAUGGUAUAUGAGAUAAAUAUGUAGAGGUAAAGCUAUGUCAAGAUUUAACAGAAAAAUUUAAGGUAUAAGAACAAUUCUGACUGUAGACAAUUUGAAAUUUUAAGGCUUUGCUUUUGAGCUAAUCAUAGAGAAAAAUUGAUUUUGAAGGUAUAAAAUGUACCAUGUCUGCCAUUUGUAGCUAAACUGACAAAUGUUGCCAGAAGAAAUUACAGAUUAAAAUAUUGAGUACUCUCAGCUUUGCAAGUGUGACACCAAUUUUUUUUUCUGUCUAUAAUUCUAUACAGUAGAAAAUUUUGAAUGAUAGUUCUCAAAGAUAGUGAAAUUGCUGGUCUUUUCCAGCUGUAUGUUUACUUGUCAUCUCCUUCUCCUUGGAGGUAAACUUCUUCCUUAUUGCUAUUGACUUUCCAUUAUAUCCCCACCCCCCACCCUGCCCCCAAAGCACUUGGACAACAGAACAGGUUGUACAGGUCCUCAUUUUUAGUGGUACUUGCUGUCAGUACAUAUGUUUCAGCUGAACUAUUGGAAAAUACAAUUUCAUAUGCUUUUUUGGUUUGUUUGACAGCUUUCUUUAAAUUAUUAUGUCACUGAAGCUGAAAGUGAUAUAAAUGUAUAAAUUAAUGAUAUAAAUUAAAAAUUUUUGUUAAUAUUUAAUUUUUCUCAUUAAAAUACUAUAUGUGAGUUUUACUGGUUUGCAUGUUUUCAUUUUUAUUUUGUUUUUGAAAUAAUUAUACAGGUUGUAAAAUACAUUAGUACAUUUUCAAUUUAAGAACACAUAACUAUUUUUAAAGGAAAUAGUUUUUUAUAGCCAUUAAAUUGUAUUUGUUAUUUUUGUACAUGCAUAAUAACUAGGGUGGUUCAGGGCACUAAUCUUGUGGGGAACACUUAACUUUUGUUUUAUUUGAACUUUUCCUAUACAUUAUUACUUAAAAUUAUCCAAUAAUAGCAUCAUGAAAUCUAGGUGGAGAGAGAAUACAAUAAACAUGAGAACACUUAAAGAUUGAAUAGCAAUCAUUUCUGAGGACAAAAGCAGAAUACUGCCAGUGCGCUGUAAUAGAAGCACAGGGGCAGCACUCACACUGUGCAAGCAUUGCAGAAAAUGUGAAAAGACAGGGAUCCUGCUGUCAUGGAGACAGUUUCUCUCUGUAUUAAAGUAGCUAGAAGGGAAAAAAUGGUCUAAAAAUAUGAAAUGCAGUGUGGGCGCUAUAUUGUAAACUAUGAAGAUUACUCAAAUUGAAGUUAUUAAUCAAAGUUUACUUCAUUUUUAUUUUAAAAGAUACUGAAUGUCAGAAAAUCUGUAAUAUGUUUUAAUUGAGAGAUGUAAAUAAUGUAUAUAGACUUGUAUGUGAUGGGAUGGGAAAUAUUUAAAUUCUAGGUUUUUUUAAAGGAAGAAACAAAGUUUAUUAAAAAGAUAAAUAGUUAUAUUUGGCCAUGAA